UGUUAAAGUAAAAGUCUUAGAAUAUCAUCAUCUCAGUUUUCAGCGACGUUUUCGUUGAAAUGACGGUAAACGAAUGAUUAACACAUACGGAUGGUUAGUUUUUUCAAGAGAUAUUCAAACUGUUUGUUGAAAUGCAUUAGUGAGGUAGUCAAGUGAUUUAAUUGGCUUCGAAAUUUAUUCAAGAUUUACGUUAUUGAAAUUACUAUUAGAAUGUAGCGAUUGCUUCAUAAGAAAAAUUUGUUUUGAGAUGAUAUAUCACACCGUGCUGGAACGAUCGACUGUUUUGCAAACAUGUCAUUUGAAAUCAAGAUGCAGAAAGAAACGAUCAUUCGGAAGACGGGGUUGGAAUAUACAUGGGGGUUGUUUGGCUUCUAAAUUCGGUCGAAUGAAUGUGUUGGGACUGGGAAUGGAAUUGAAAGACGUUUUUGAGAAAUACAAACUGACAGACACUAUCAUAAACACCCAGCUUGAAUUAUGUGUCUCCAAAAAGAUAAAUCCAAUCAGUACUGGAAAAGUUUCGUUUGAAGGAUUGAGCGGUCAGCAUAUGUUCCGAUAUUAUUUUGUAUAUCUCUGGGCAAAAGACAGUCCAGAAUGUCAGGAUCAUAGAGCUAGUUGCAAUUUGAUAAGAGACUGUGUUAUUCAUCUUUUACGUGCGGUAUUAUAUUCGUAACAUAUUCACCAGUCAUGUGGACUCAUACAUUGGAGUAUCUCUUUCGUACACGUGGUACAUUGGUUAUUCAGUUGUUCAAGGCUGUUCAGCCGUUUUUGCAAGUGAAGGUAAGACCAGCACACUGCAAUCAAAAAUAAAUUCUGGAAUUUAGUGACAAGCUAACAAAGAAAAGACGAUUGGUGUUCACCGGACAAAAUAAAAUAUUGACAAUUUAAAAAUGGAUUUAUUGAUUGGAAACAUUCAAUUAUUAAACAAUGUUUUGCAAAGGAAAUCACACGAGAUUGUCGUAGAUAUUUCUAAUAUUCGUUUAUUCCGGACAUAUUGUUCACCAACGGGUAAUUUAGCCAGACGAUUGACUACCUACCUGUCUGUGUUUCUUAUCUUCCUUGUAAUUUUCAAUGAAUCGUAUUCUUUUACUGAAAGCACUACGAAUAUUUAUAAAUUAUUGCUAUUUCCAAAUUAGACGAAAUCUGUGAUAUAGCAAAGUAUAUAUAUUGCAGGAAUUUACCAAAACAUAACCCUAUAUAUUUACCGCUUAUCGUGACACAAUUUUCAUUUGUAUUCAAAUAAUUCUAAAAGUUAUCGAUCGAUUUAUCCAACAUUAUACACGAAAUAUGAAACCGAUUCAAAGUAAUAUAAUUAUAUGUUUACGAUUAGGUUGUGUAAAUACUGCCGUUUUGAUUUUAGUAUUGGUGAAUCUACGUUGAAAACAUGUUAUUGAUAAAAAUCUUUUCAGGUUGUUCUGGAAAUUAAUAUGUACCUUGUAUUACGUAACAAGGAAACUUUUGAAAUGCAAAAUAAGUUAGUGAAUCUUAAAGUAGAUUAUAAAUCAACAUGUCCACUGUUGCAAGACAAUGAAAUUUAUUUCUAUUUUGUUUUAAUAGUUUUAUUGAAAUGUA